GACACUGUCGCGAAUUCGCCGAUGAAGCUUUUUCGUCAAGAUAAUUAACGAAGAUACGAAGAUGUUAUCCCUGGUGAAUGAUUGGCCCCUCGAAGCGACGCUGCUCAUUGUCGCGAUACUCGUGUAUGCGCUCUACGUCUACCAGACCUCGACUUUCGAUUACUGGCUGGUGCGCGGUGUGCCCUAUCGCAAGCCCAUACCGCUCCUAGGAAACUUCGCCGAUGUCCUUCUCUUUCUUAAAUCCCAGCCCGAGGGCGUUUAUGAAAUGUACAACUGGUUCAAGAACGAGCCAUACUUCGGGGUCUUUCAGAUUCGUUCGCCGGCCCUCGUCAUCCGCGAUCCUGAGCUCAUCAAGUCUAUUUGCAUCAAAGACUUCCAAAUCUUUUGCAAUAGGGGGAUCCCAGUUAAUAACAAUAAUCCAUUGACGGGGAAUCUAUUCAAUCUCGAAGGCAAGCCCUGGAAGUUGAUGCGCUCGAAACUCACGCCAGUCUUCUCGUCCGGCAAGCUAAAGAACAUGUUUUACUUGCUGAACGAAUGUUCAAAGAACUUGGUAUGCCAGAUCGAACGACGGCUCGCCUCUUCGCAUGGCCAGGACCCAUCCGCCAUCAUCAACACGCACGAUCUGGCCAUGGAUUUUACGGUCGAUGUGAUCGGCAGCUGCGCAUUCGGUAUACAGAUAAGUGCACUUACCGAGGAUUCGGAUUUUCGUAGGAUAGCCAGGAAAUUCUCAAACUCGAGCUACAAAGACGCAUUCUGGAGGAUGUUAAGAUCGGCCCCACCCAAAUUAUACAAGUUACUCAAUAUUCAAAUGGUAGAUUCAUCGGUUACAAAAUUUUUUUUGAACGCCGUCUCGCAAAUGAUUAAGGAACGAGAAAGCAAACAUAUUAAGCGACACGAUUUUAUGGAUCUUCUAAUUGAUCUGAAAAGAAAAACCGACGAGCUCAACAUUAAUGUUGGCGCAGAGGCGCUGAAGAAUGAAAACACAAUAUCUGAAGAAAUAGUUAUGACCGAAGAUAUCAUAGCGGCGCAAGCGUUUGUCUUUUUUGUGGCGGGUUACGAUACUUCCGCCAAUGCAAUAGCUUUUUGCUUAUACGAAUUAGCACUCAAUCCAGAAAUUCAACAAAAAGUCAGGUGUGAUAUAAUUAACACAUUGAAAAAAAGCGAUGGAAAAUUAACGUACGAUGCUAUUCAAGACAUGAAAUACCUAGAUUUAGUUAUUUUAGAGUCAUUGCGUAAAUAUCCAGCAGCAGCAUCAAUUUCGCGAUGCUGUGAGCAGCCUUAUAAGCUGCCGGGCAGUGAUGUCACUCUGCCCAAAGGAAUGAGGGUGAUUAUACCAGUUUACGGCAUUCAUCAUGAUCCGAAUUAUUAUCCCGAUCCUUUCUCCUUCAGACCCGAACGGUUUCAGGACGAUAAAAGGCAGACUCUUCAAACGUGCACCUAUUUGUCCUUUGGGGAAGGGCCGAGAUCGUGCAUCGGUAUGAGAUUUGCGCAAUUGCAAACCAAAGUUGGAAUUAUUUCUUUUUUACGAACAUUCAAGAUUGAAACUUGUGAAAAAACAGAUAUACCAAUAAAAUUCAGUAAAAGAAGUUUUAUCAUCAGUACUGAAAAUGGAAUAUGGCUUAAAGUAUUAAAAUUAUCAGAAUAA